AUGGAGUUGCGUGUGGCGUGGGAUCGAGCCCCCCAGCACCAUGAGAUGUUAGGGUCAAGGCCUAUGACCUUAGCUCUUGGCCUCAAGUACUUGGGUGGGGCAUGCAAGGGCUUCCUGAUCCUAACAAGGUAUUUCCACCUCUUCUGUUUUAACAAAGUAUUUCUGCUGAAGUCAGUGAAACUAGUCUGUGCAAGUAGUAAAUGCAUAAAUCCUAAAUACAUGUUGGGACAAUUGCUAAUUCAGGAGAUACGCACCAUUGACGGAUUUCUAAAAACCGAUGAAAGACAAAGACUGGCAAGGGAGAGGAGAGAAGAGAGGGAGAAAUACCUUGCUGCUAGGGAACAGCAGAUACUGGAGAAGGAGAGAAGGGCAAAACUUCAGUAUGAAAAGCAAAUGGAGGAGCGAUGGAGAAGACUGGAGGAACAGAAGCAGAGAGAGGAGCAGAAGAGAGCAGCUGUUGAAGAAAAACGGAGACAAAAGCUUAAAGAGGAGGAGGAACGUUUAGAAGCCAUGAUGCGUCGGUCCCUUGAACGCAGCCAGCAGCUGGAACAGAAGCAGAAGCGAUGGUCGUGGGGAGGAGCACUGGCUGCAGGCUCAGGAGUGAGAGAUGGUGAAUCAGAAAAUACCCCACCCCCUGUUCUAGGUUUAGCUGCCAACACCCUUCCUCCAGACUCUGUGACCUCUGCUGCUCCUGCUGAUUCCUUCAAUGCAUGUGACAAACUUUCAGCUUCUACAAUGAAUCUGCCAAAGCAAAUGGAAUCGCCAAUCAGUAAACGCCUCUCCUCCUCCACAGCGGCAAUAACACAUUCCCCUGACAGAGCUCACCGCAUGCAUCUUAGUCCAAUGGAAAACUUUAUUGUGUCUCGACUGCUGACUCCCACACAGUCAUCUUUAGCCAGAAGCAGAAGUACAUUAAUGCUUUCUGAGCAGUACAGUAAUCCAGUAUUCCAUAUCUGUCCUCGUGUAGCACCAGCUAGUCCUCUUAAAUCUCCCUACAAGCCUUCCCCCACCCGAAGCACUGACAGAAAGAAGGCAACUUCACCCUCCACUUCCGAUGCCAUGAAAGGGGCGGCUGCAGCUGAAGUUACUCAGACUGAGAAGAUAAAGAAAGAGAAGCGGCCCACAACACCUAGUUCAUCAUCUGGUAUGGGAUCUCCUCUAAGAAGGUCUGAUUCUCCUGCUGCCAUGUCUAGAAGAUCUGCAUCACCUGCGACACCUAAGACAGUAGCAAAGACUUAUCCUCAGUCUCCUAAAAAUGCCAAACAAUAUCCAGCUUCUCCUGUGAAGCAUCGUGCUACUUCUAAUCUCAACCAGGAAACUCCUAAAAAGAAAGCAGACAAGGAGAAAGAAAAUGUCAGUCAUCAAAAAUCCCCGGGAACACGCACUGAUGAGGCAGGCCAGGUAGCUUCUGAGAAGCAUGUGCCUUCUGCAGGGAAGACUGAAAACAGUGAAGGGAGGAUCACGGCAGGAACAACUGAUGCAGAAGAAGCCUCAAAAAUUCUAGCUGAAAAAAGACGACAGGCCCGCCUGCAAAAAGAACAAGAAGAAAGGGAGAGACAGGAAAGAGAAGAACGGGAGAGGCUUGAAAGAGAAGAACAGAAAAGAAAGGCAGAAGAAGAAAGACUUCGUCUAGAGGAAGAGGCUCGUAAAAAGGAGGAAGAAAGAAAAUGUGAAGAAGCAGCAGCUAGAAAAAAGGCAGAAGAGGAAGCCAGGAGAAGAGCUGAGGAAGAACAAAUGCUAAAAGCAAAGCAAGAAAAAGAGCUCCAAGCCAAACUUGAGAAACAGAGGGAAGAAGCAGAAAUCAAAGCCCGUGAGGCAGCUGAACAACUUCGUCUUGAAAGGGAACAAAUCAUGCAGCAAAUUGAGCAAGAAAGACUGGAGCGGAAGAAGAGGAUAGAUGAAAUAAUGAAGAGAACAAGGAGGAGUGAAACACCAGAAAUAAAGAAGGAAGAGCCAAAACUGGAGGUACCAUCAACUUUGAAUGUGGAAAAGCAACCAAAGGCCCUUGUUCUCAACCAGCCAGAGAUCAAUGGAUUGGCAACCUGCCUGAAAAAUAAAAGCUUAGAAAGUGCCGCCCCUGUAAUCCCUUCCCAAGAUGUAGUUGCUAAUGGACUAAAGUCAGUGCCAGGACUUAUUCAGCUGGAAGCUGUUGAUGGGAAAUCUAACAGCAUGGAAGAUUCAACAGAUGAGGUUCAGUCCAUGGAUGUGAGCCCGGUUUCAAAAGAAGAACUUAUCUCUAUCCCCGAAUAUUCACCCAUGAAUGAACUCAUGCCUGGUGUUUCUUUGGACCAAAAUGGGACAAGUAAUGCCAAGGCUCUUGAAGAUCUCUUGGAUUUCACAGGCCAAGCUACAUACUCCAAGAUGUCCAGUGAUACCAUUAGCCUAGAUGACUGUAACAAAAACUUGAUUGAGGGAUUUAACAGCCCAGGACAAGAAAAUACACUUAAUUCUAUCUGUUGACAACCUCACUUUUCAGCAGAACAGAUAAAGAGGUAGCAAUUUGUGGAGGAUAUAUAUCUCU